AAACUCUAUGUCUCUAUGUCUCUCAAUCGGUGCUCGAGUGGUGAUGUCCCAAGUAACGCUUCGUGGCAGCGUAAAGAGGACAAUCUCUUUUUCAGUAGACUUUCAACAAUUUCAACGCGGUAUUGGGGAAGAUACGGGACACCUUGGAGUUGGAGUUCGAUCUCCAACACUCAACUAACAUACUCCGAGUGUUUCUGAGAGAUUAAAGUGCUCGUGUACUGCAAAGCAACAAUCAAACUACGUAACAAUGGGGAAAACGUAUUGCUUGUCAUGCAAGAAGAAAUGCAGUGGAGAAGUGUUGCGAGUUCAAGACAAGUAUUUUCAUAUUGGAUGUUUUAAAUGUGCUCAAUGUAGCACGAGUCUUGCUCAAGGGGGAUUUUUUGCUCGUGAAGGCUCGUAUUAUUGUACGAAGGAUUACCGAGAACGAUGGGGUACAAGGUGUGCCGGGUGUGGAGAAUAUGUUGAGGGAGAUGUCGUGACUGCUGGAGAAAAACUCGCCUUUCAUCCGAACUGUUUUCACUGCCAGAGGUGUAGACAGCCGCUCUUGGGUCAAGGAACUAAAGUCACUCUAGUUCAAGGCCAAGCCUUAUGUCAUCGUUGCGUUGGGAUACCAGUUAGGGAAACGUCGACACCAGUUGGAAGUAAACCCGAUGGACGUUCCAAAAGUGCCAGCGGCCGGGAUAGCAGUAACGAUCCUGGCGUUUGUGCAGGAUGCAAUGAGAAAUUGCAGGAGGGACAAGCACUCGUUGCACUAGACCGCCAAUGGCAUGUUUGGUGCUUCAAAUGCCACAGCUGUGACAAUGUACUUCAUGGAGAAUACAUGGGAAAAGAUGGAGUACCGUAUUGUGAAAAAGAUUAUCAAAAACAAUUUGGAGUAAAAUGCGCUUACUGCAGUCGGUAUAUAAGUGGCAAAGUUUUGCAAGCUGGCGAAAAUCAUCACUUUCAUCCAACGUGUGCUAGAUGUACUAAGUGCGGUGAUCCUUUUGGUGAUGGAGAAGAAAUGUAUUUACAAGGUGCUGCAAUCUGGCAUCCACGUUGUGGACCUGGACCCACUGGAUCGAAUGGAAUUGUUAAUGGACAUGGAACUAGAGAUGUACACACUCCACAACACAGAGAAUCCGAACGUGUUUCUAGCAGUGCAUCAGAGAUGCAGUUUUUAUUGAGAUCUCGCACACCAAGUCUCAACGGAUCCAUAUGCAGCCCUUACAGCAGCCUAAGUCGCAAGUAUUUUCCACCACGAACGGGAAGUCCUGGUUUAAUUCUACGAGAAUAUGGACGCGGCAACUCGGAAGAUAUUUCAAGGAUUUGUACGUAUUCUUAUCUAACUGAAACACCAAGUCAAGGAUAUUUAAGACGCCCUAUUCAACCUUAUGACAAACCACCCACAAGUCCUCAUUUCCAUCGACCAAGCUCUUCACGGUCGAUAAGAAGUAGUGGUGGUAGAAGCAGUCGUUCAGGAAUGAGGGCAUUGGUAGAUGCACUAAGUGAGACAAGACCUAAAUCUCCAGCAGCUGGAAGUCAAGUAGACAACGAUGAACCCAUUGAGCUUGCCCAUUAUCCCGAUGCUAUGAAACCUCCACCAGGUGCUAAACCUCCAAUUGAACGUGAUGAUUUUCCCGCUCCUCCGUAUCCUUACACUGAUCCUGAAAGACGUCGACGGUGGUCUGAUACAUACAAGGGUGUAUCAGAUGAUGAAGAUGAUGAUGCAGUAACAGAUGGUACGAAUCGUUUGGAUCGACUGGAUGGAGCAAGUAAAAAAUAUAUCAAAGAAGUAGAACAAAAAUUGAAAAAGGAGCAAGACGAAUUGAGUAAAAUAGAUACCGGAAUUGCAAAAGUAUUUCUUCAAGACAUAGAAAAGGAUCGUGAAAAUUUACGACAUCGUGCAGCUAAUGUUGAUCCACGAAAUGCAUCAAGAACUCCAUCGGCAGCUCGAGAGCCAACUUAUAGACUUCGUUAUGAAAGUCCCGUUGGUGCUUCUCCCUCAAGAAAUAUAGAUCACGCUCGGCCAUGGGAUGAUGAUGAUGGUGUUAGUUAUAGAUCAAGUACAGGUCCGAGCUAUAAUGUCGGAAGAUCAUCAGCUCGUUCCCCGGCACCCAGAAACUAUCCACCUCUCGGUAAUCAACGCGCCUCCACACUUCCAAAUGCUGCUAGACACUAUCAGUUGGGUGAUUAUUCCUUCAGUGGAAUGGGCGAUAAAACACACAGCACAGACUUUUCAUCUGGUAAAUCUGAUAUUUCAACAGGCAGCAUCACAGAUGUGGACAGAAGGGCAUUGGUAUGUACCUCAGCCCCAUACUACUCACGUCGAAUAAGCAUGAAUGAUGGUGGUAUUAUCCCAUCGUCGACAACUUACACUGGAGGAUUAGGAACCGUUGGUGCAGGCAGCCACGGUCAUCAUAUGAGACGAUCAUUGCCAGAUAUGGGAUCUGCACCCUCAGAACCACCAAAGCUUUAUCCUUAUCACUUGCUUGUUAUCACCAAUUAUAGAUUACCUGCCGAUGUUGAUCGCUGCAACCUUGAGCGACAUUUGUCUGAUGCUGAAUUCGAAGCUGUUCUUCAGUUUAGUCGUGCAGAAUUUUAUAGAUUACCCCAAUGGCGUCGGAAUGAAAUUAAACGACGUGCCCGACUCUUUUAAAUUGACUGUCUACUGUAUUAUUACAAUGAUUAGUGCUGCGUGCACAUUCCUGCUGCAUUAAAAAUUUUAUGAAUGAAAACAAAAAAAAAAAAUUUUAUGGUCCAACAAUGCACUUCAGUAAUGUGCAGUGCAUACGAUAGUUUUUUGUCACUGGUGCAGUUUUUAAUAAGUUAUCACAUCGUUUAUAAUAUUGAUAAAAUCACUUUUAUAAUAUUUACUUUUCUUUUAAGAAUAAGUUAGUUGUCAUCUGAAUUAUACAUAUAUGUUAAAUUCAUAAGUCACACAGAACAAAUCACUUUCAUUUAGAUGAUAAAUAAGUAAAACAUGAACGAAAAUAAAACCAAACGUUCAUCAUUUUUCAUCAGUCGUUAUACAAUUGCCUGAGACUUAGUUACAUGAAAGCUGCCGUCAUGUAUUAUUUUACACAAAUUUAAUUAGUGUUUUAGCUUUUGUUUCAUCUUUCAUUAUUAUAAAAUAGUUUUUAUAAGGUAGAUUAAAAAAAAUAUUGUUAAUUAAUCUUCGUUUAUAAGCCGGUUAUCAUUUUUCAUUGACAUUAAUUGUCGUUUUUGGCAUCUAAAUAACGAUACUGCCAAUUGUUAUAAAGUGCGUACAUAAUUCAAACUCGUUUAAUAUAAAAUAUAAUUUUAUGUACACGUAUAUUCUUAAGGCAUCGUAGGACGACUUAAUGUAUAUGACUAAGAAAAAAAGAAAGACACCGCAUUUUACCUUAAGUCAUGUGCCUAUUUACAAAUGUCGAUUGACAUUUAACUCACUCUUUUAAAAAUUAAGAAAAAAUGUUGUCACAUUUGUAGUUGCAUUGAGAUCUUGCAUAUCAUACAUUUGCAGAAUAUUAUUAUUAAUAUUAUUAUUUUUGUGCAAUUACGUUCGAUUAACAAGACAAUUUGAAAUUGAAUUAAAUUAUCUAACGAUUUUUCUGAUUCAAUUUUCUGAGAAAAACUUGAGAGAAUCGGUUCAAAUGAUUAUAUUUGCCGUUGUAUGAAGCACACAUUGCUUCCGCUAGUCCACUAGCAUAAAGUUUAAUAAAUACACGAACUACAAAUAA